AUGGCUCCCUACACUACUAAAUGGGGCAUCUUGGCUACCGGUGGCAUCGCUGAGUGCUUCACUAAGGAUAUCCUUACAGAUCCUGCCGCUCGCGACGUCAACGAUGUACAGCAUGAGAUUGUCGCCGUCGCUUCAUCGAGCUCCGUCGACCGCGCGCGCGACUUUAUCAAGAAGAUUGAUGGCCCCUCAUCCGCUGCUGUCUACGGUUCCUACGCUGAGCUAGUCGCCGACCCAAACGUUGACAUCAUUUAUGUUGCUACACCUCACAGCCACCACUUCCAGAAUGCUAUGCUGGCCCUCGAGGCUGGCAAGAAUGUUCUCUGUGAAAAGGCACUCACCGUUACUGCUGCACAGACCAAGAAGCUGUAUGAGGUCGCCAAGUCCAAGAACCUCUUCUUUAUGGAGGCUGUCUGGACACGAUACUUCCCUCUCAGUAUCAAGAUUCGAGAGUUGAUCCAGUCUGGUGCCAUUGGUACUGUUUAUCGUACAUUCGCCGACCUCUCGUUCAACAAGAAUACUGAUACCCAAGAUCUUGACUUUCCCGAUUCCAACCGCAUGGUCAAUCCUGAUCUUGCAGGCGGUGCUUUACUCGAUCUCGGCAUCUACUCCUUGACCUGGGUCUUCCAAUCUCUCUAUCAUGUUCAGCCCGAAACCGAAAAGGAGACUCCAAAGGUUGUAGCCUCCAUCAACAAGUAUCGCACAGGUGCCGACGAGUCCACGAGUAUCAUCUGUCAGUUUCCUAAGCACAACUCUGUCGGUAUUGCGACUACCUCACUGCGCAUCGCCACCGACGUCGAUGGUCUCUACACUGGUGGCCCCGCGAUCCGUAUCCAGGGCUCUAAGGGGGAAAUACAGGUUACUGGUCCUGCGUUCCGGCCAACCGAGUACAAGGUGAUCAAGUCGGACGCCAAUGGCAAGGUGGAAGUAGUGAAUUGCCCAAUUCCUACAGAUCCUAAGCGCAACAACUGGGGCCACGGUAUGUUCUGGGAGGCGGAUGAGUGUGCACGUUGCCUGCGGGAUGGCAAAAAGGAGAGUGCUUCAAUGCCUUGGUCAGAGAGUAUAGUCAUCAUGGAGGUCAUGGACAACGCACUCAAGCAGGGCGGCGUGUCCUACCCCGAUCUCAUCACCACUGAUGUCUUCGACCCCAACAGUCCUCUCAAUACUGGCAAAAAAUGA